AUGACGCGCGACGAGACGGACUACCUCGGCGAGCUCCUGAGGGGAGACGCGCUCCCGACGCCGACGCCGACGCCGAUGAACGCGCGCGGGAGGAAAUCGUCGAACGCCACCGCGGGCGCGAGCGCGCGACGUCGCGGCGCUAACGCGACGAGCGCGCGCGGAGCGCCGUCGUCGUCGCAAGGCAGCGACGCGUCCGGAAGCAGCCGGAAACAGCGACGUCGGGGCGCUAACGCGACGAGCCCGCGCGGAGCCCCGUGGUCGUCGCAAGGCAGCGACGCGUCCGGAAGCAGCCGAGGAUGCUCGGACGACUCCAGCGCGUCGAAAGCCACGCGCGCGCCGCGCACGCCCCCGCACGGGCCGACGCAGACGCCGGGCGGCGGCGGCGGCGCGACGCCGUCGUCGCCGCGCGCCCCCCCCCCGACGACGCGCGACCACCACGACGUCGACGAUUUAUUAUUCGUCCCGCCAGACCUGGAAGCCGCGGUCAAGCUGGAAGGGCUCGUGGACCCGGACGAUUUAGCGUUCGCAGACGCGUUCAUCGACGACGUCGCGGGGGACAUCCUCUUCGGCGACGGCGGGAUGCUCGGCGACGCGGGGGGCGUCGCGCCGGGCCCGGGCUCGGGCGCGAACGGCAACGGCGGCGAUGGCGGCAACGGCGGCAACGGCGGCAACGGCGGCGGCGAGGAGGAGGACGAGGAGAAGAAGCGCGCGCGGCUCGUGCGCAACCGCGAGUCCGCGCAGCUGUCGCGGCAGCGCAAGAAGCAGCACAUGGACGAGCUCGAUCUCCGAUGCCGCGGGCUGCAGGUGGAGUGCGCGGAGCUGCACAAGCUCGCGCACUGCCUCUCCGCGGAGAAUCAUCGCUUACGCGCGCACUGUAACCUGGUGGCGACGGGGAAGACGCCGCCGGAGACGCCGCCGCCGCCGCCGCACCCGUACGUCGCCGCGCAGGUUGGGCCGGGUGGGAUGACACACAUGCCGAUAACACCGAUGAUGUUCCAGCCGAAGAUACCGCUGCCGCCGAGGGGUGGGUUCGUCGCGCCCGCGCCCGCGCCCGCGCCCGCGGCGGCGGCGGCGGGGUCCAACGCGGGGUCGACGCCGUCGUCCCCAGCGGGGGCGGCGAACGCCGACCACGAGGCGGAGCUGAUGGUCGCCACGAAGAAGCGGAAAUCGAACGCGAGCAAGGGCGUCGCCGCGGUCACCGCGGCGGCGCUCGCGGCGUUGUCCGUCGCGUGUCUCUCUCUCGGCAGCAGAUCCGGAGCCGGGUCCGGAGGGCAGCUCGCGCUGAGCGGCGUCGCUCUCGGCGGUGCGCGGAGACACCUGCUUGCCGCCGCGACGAGCGGCGUUUUCGGCGGCGACGACGCGGCGGAGGCGGUGCCGGAGCGCGCGCUCGUCGCGGCGAGGGCGGAUCUCCUCGACGCGACGACGCGAGCGACGGCGACGGCGACGGCGGCGACGCGUCCGCCGCGUCCGACGAUGGAGAUGGAAAGACCCGCCGUCAUCCCCAUGCGCGGGGGCGAACGAGAGGCGAUCCCUCUGCGCGGGAAGUCGCGCGAAGUCGCGCUGCCGUACGACGGCGAGUCCUCUAUCGAGACCUGGGGCGCGACGGACGACGACGGUUGGAUCCCGACGACGCGCGCGUCGAGCGAGGAUGCGCGUUUCGACGCCGCCGGGGACGCGACGAAAGACCCGUGGACCGCCGCGUUUCACCGCCUCGGACACAACGCGGAGACGCUGCGCGAGAUGACUUGCCGCGAGAUGUUUCGAUUCAACGCGCUGGAUUUGAACGCCGCGGGCGGGGACGUCGCGUUCACGCGACGGCUCAGCGAAGCCGCCGCCGCGGAAGAGGAGGAGGAGGAGGGCGAGAGGGAGGGCGACGUGAAGAAGGCGACGGGCGCGCGAGGCGAGCUCGAGCUGCCGCCCGUCGCGAUCCCGCUGCCGCCGCGCGACGCGGGGCCGUCGGAGUCGUCGUCGUCGUCGCUCGUCGGGGGGUCGGACGCGCGCAGGCCGCUGCCGCUGCCGCUGAAGGAAGAGAGAAGAAGGACCAUCGGCGACGACGCGCGCUCGGGCGCGGGCGCGGGCGCGGGCGCGGGGGGAUUCGGCGUCGGCGACGACGAGUCGUCGCUCGUCAGCGUGCUCCUGCCUCCUCCCGCGGCGUCCGCGUCGCGCGUGGGCGGCGCGAUGCCGACGCUGUCGAAGCUGUUCGUCGUCACGCGCAGCCGUCGGACGUCGGAGUACGUCACGUACUCGUGCCGGUUGCCCGUCGUGGACCGCGCGGCGGCGGGCGCGACCGCGGGGUGGAGCUGAGCCGACGAACGUUUCGUGUACUGUAGUACGCGUAGUUUUUUUUGAAACGUGAAAGUACGCGCGCGCGUCGACGACGUCGCAUUC